UGGCUCAUCAACACCAUCAGACGGCCGAAAACUGCAAAGCUUUUCCUCGGUUGUCCUGUGACAUCAUCUCUCCCUCCAAUUUUGGUACCGAGGGGCCGGAGCUGCCAACAGAUCGUCGAACCCGUCUGCUUCGGCGCUUCCCCACAAUUGUGAGCUAGUCCCUUCGGUAACCAGUUCCACUAGAGAGCUUUUAGGUGCCCCAAUUCCUUCGGUCAAAUGGCUUUGCUUCGAUCGUCUAAACUGUACGAGUGAUGGAUAUGCGGUAGACAAGCCUUUUAUCUUCAAAAGUUGAUUGUGCUGUUGGAAGUUGAAAUUUACUCUAACUGUCCAGUGCAUCCUCUGGGAUGGGUGUUGCUGACCAUUGCAAGGACACAUUCUUAGAGCUUCAGAGGAAGAAGACACACCGAUACGUGAUUUUCAAAAUCGAUGAAAAGCGAAAGGAGGUUGUUGUAGAUAAGACUGGAGGUGCAGCUGAGAGCUAUGAUGAUUUCAUGGCUUCUCUACCGGAAAAUGAUUGCCGAUAUGCCAUCUAUGAUUUUGACUUUGUUACUGAUGAGAACUGUCAGAAAAGCAAGAUUUUCUUUAUUGCCUGGUCCCCAUCUGUUUCUCGUAUCCGAGCUAAGAUGCUGUAUGCAACCUCCAAGGAUCGAUUCAGGCGAGAGCUGGAUGGAAUUCACUAUGAGAUUCAGGCAACCGACCCCACAGAACUCGACCUUGAGGUUCUCAGAGACCGGGCACAUUAAAUCAGAGUUCAUACGGAUAUGCAAAUUAAAAUCAGUGAUGGAUAUAUUCGGUCAUGCCCCCUGGAAAAUACAGUGGUGAAGGGAUCAUCAGGUUUCUAUGAACUAUAUGUAACUGGAUUAUGCUGGUUGAAUAUAAUAAUGUUGUUGGAAAAUCAAUAUCUAUAAAUUAUGGGCAGAGCUUGUAAACUUAUACUACUAAGACUAUUUGCAUGAUUAAUAUCUGUUGUGUA